GGACUGUUGUCAUCUGGCAGCACUGUUACUUCGGGAAAAAAUAAAAUACAACAAAACCAUUAAUUAAACUAGGAAGGCGCUGCGUUACAUCAAUUGAGGGCGCCGAUCGUCGGACAAUCGCCGUACGUAGAAGGCUCGAAAACCGGCGUUUGGAGACAGCGAUCUGAAAGGCGUCCAGUCAAAUCUGCGAUUUUCGCACACAGCCCUGAGAAAUUGAUGCGACAGAGGAAUCUCGCCCAGAAACAGAUCGGACCGAAAUAAAUCGCUCAGUUAUGGUUCCCACUUUCAAAUCACCAGGGGAGAGUGGUAACAGUGAGGCUUCCUAACGUGAACAUCGCAGUCUUUCGCACAGAGCAUGGAAAGCACGGACAGCAGCGACAGCAGUGGGGAUAGCUUAAAAUCCAUUCCCCGGCCGGACUUUGAGGCCCUCUCCGCCAUCGGCAGCCCACAGCCGCAGUUGCAGAGCUCCUCGCUGGAUGGCCACGUCGAGAUGGAGCCGGUCAUCAUGCCCAGCAAGCGUCAAAAGUAUAUUGUCAGUGCUCCGCCUGGGUCGGCCAACUGCAGCAGUAACUCAUCCAGUUCGAGUCCCUCGAACAUCAACGUGGGCUCCUCGCUUACCAUGAAGUUGACGAAGGUGCAGCCACAACAGCAUCAGGCUAAGUCCUCCACGCCAAACAACAAAGGCAAAGUAGCCAAGGAAAUGGUUGCUCUGCAGCGCUCACACAUCGAAUCCGAGGUCCUCAGCAACUUUGUGACUGGGGUGUCCAAGCUGAAGAGUCGAAAGUCGCGAUAUGUGCCCGGGAAUCUCGCCACUCAGGCAGUAGGUGGAGAGCUGUCCCGCAGCUUAAAUACCUCCUCCGAAAACGAAAACAAAUCUCUAAAGGUUGCCCUUAAGCGGAGCAGCAGCAUUCCAGCCCCCAUCCUCGACUCAGAUGACGACUGGCAGGACGAGGACAUCGCCUGGGGCGUAACGACCUGCAGGCCGAGAGGACGAUCGAUGGCCUUUGAAGAUGGCGAGCGGCUGGCAAAUCUAAAUGCGGAGGACAGAAACAUCGUUCCCGCAUACUCAAUGGCCACCCGCUGUCGGUCACGAAGCAAAACUCUAUCCUUGAGCAACAGUUGGAGCAAUGAUGAUAAGGGUCCCCGACGCAGCAACCUACGCAGCGAGAACGAGGAAUUCGCGAAGAAGCAUAAUGCUUUUCUUGAUCGCAUAAUCCACGAUGACCGGGAAUCGGAACUGGCGUUGAACACAUCCGGCGAAGGCGAAAGCUCGCUCUUCUCGGAUGCCAGUGACACAAAGACGACCACGGCCAAAACCCCAGAGGAGGAGGCGGCCGAGCGGCUGGCUCUCAUAUAUGAGGAGCCACCUACGCCCGGCUGGGACCCGUUCUGCUGGAAGUGCCGAGGGUGCGGCAAGCUAAUGCCGUGCUCCAAGUGCCUGCGAUCCUUUCACUCUUACUGCGUCCGACCUGCCACCACCAAGUUCGACUCCUCCUGGAAGUGCCCCGAGUGUCAGGUUAUAGAGGCGGCCCCCAAGAGACUGCGGCGCAAUGGAGUUUCGGUGGAUCUACUAAGCCAGCUGCUUUCCUUCGCCCUGGACCGUAUGAAGCAUGUGCGCGGGGCACAUAAGCUACGGUCGCCGCUAGAGGUUUUUCCGUUGACGUACAAAAAGUUUUUUGUGAACCCGGUGAGCUUCGAGAGCCUGGCGCAGUGCAUCCGCAAUGGGGCCUACCAAAGCACAGACGAGUUUCUGAGCGAAGUGAAAUGGAUACAGCAUAACGCUCUCAUCCUGGAUGCCGGCGAUGCCAAAGUGGAACAGGCCUCAAAGGCUGUGGUGAAGGUAUGUCGACAGGAGGCCAACGAAAUCGACACCUGUCCCGAAUGCUAUCUAAAUGCCAAUUCCAGCGACGAGUGGUUCGUGAAGGUGUGCCGGCAUCCGCAUCUCCUUCUCUGGGCGAAACUAAAAGGAUUUCCCUAUUGGCCCGCGAAAGCCAUGGGUUCAUCAAACUCAACUCUGGUGAAUGUGCGAUUCUUCGGCAAACACGACCGAGCUUUCGUGCCCGUAAAGGACUGCUUUCUUUAUUCGGCUCAAAAUCCAAACACGCAAACCAGCCGGAGAUCGGCAAGGGAUUUGGCGGAAUGCAUAAGGGAGGUUGAGAUUCACAUCGACCACAUCAAGCGCAAGAUUGGCGCUUUCAAUUAUGCUCCCUAUCGCACCCCUUACGAUCCUCUGGAAGAGCAACAACAACUGGAGCAGAUGAUGCCAGGCGUGUAUGCGGCUAUCGACCGGGAACUGGAGCCGGCUAAUAAGACACCGCUGCAGUUUCUUAUACGCAAGACCGCGGACGAUAAGCUCUCCAUCGUCAAGAAAACAAAGGCGACAGAAUCGGGAAACGAAUCGGAUCAAUCGCCAAGUCCUACAAAAAAACUUUCGGAGGUUGAUGUUGUUUCUGUAACAGGGUCCGGAUGCAGCGAUCACUCAAAUGUGAAGAGCAACAACUAUGAGGUUAUAUCCAGAUCUGGGGAAUCCUUGACCGACUCUCGUUGCAAGGUGUUGCUCAAAAGGAAAUCAUUAGCUGCCAAAAUAGUUGCAGAAUCCGUUGAAACUUCAGAAGCGGUGGCUCCGAAACGCAAGCACUCUCUAAGUGAUGCCAGUUUCACCAGCGAAUCCAGCGAACACAAACGAAAGUCAAAGCAUGCUAGGAAACAACACGAUAAUCAGGAUAAUCAAAUUGAAGAGGCAGAAAAAACUGGCCAAGAGCCCCCAAAAUCUCCUACAAUCUCAAAACAGAAUGAAAAUUUACGAGAUGAAGAGAAUGUCAUAGAAAAUGCUGCCAAUGAUACUUCCUCGGCAUCCCCGGUAUCUGCGUCUGUGGUUUCUGUGGUGGAAUUGGUCAGACGACGCCAGGGAGUGACCAUCACAAAGAUACCACGCGAGCAACAGCAGACAGCAGAGGACACAGCUGCUGUUCCCAUUCCUCUUCCAACAGCUCCACCUCCCAAACAGAAUAUCCCAAAAGGGAAUGAAGCAGCAAACCCAAAACAAUCUGAUGUCGAGAGACAACAAGAACAGCUCAUCAAAAAAGUUAUUCCGUUUAUAGAAAUUAAAACAGAGGUGAUGUCGGAGCCAGAUGACGAAGGAAUAGAGGAAGCGUCACCGGCUAAUCAACCUCAAACUGAUCAAGUUCCCUUGCAACAGGAGACAAUUACAGCACAGCCGGAAUCUCAAAUGCCAGCUGCCGCGCCGGCUCCCCAACCCAAGCCAGUGGAUAAUGCACCUUUUGAAGAAGUCAGAAUCAAGGAAGAGAUUCUCAGCGAAGAUGAAAUGGAAACGGAACAGUCUAUUGUGAGUCGGAGGUUGAAAUCUGUGCCACCUAUGCCAUUGCCUAUGCCCCCGCCUCCUCCUUUACCGCCAAGAGAGGAAUCACCCGCGACAGCUGAUUCGGUUCGAUUUGUGGGCGACACCACGAUCCAAAGGGUAAGCCAGAAACAGGGAGGCAAGUCCACGGAUACGGGCGGAAAACGUAAAGGUGUUCAACAAGUUCCCAUAGCAGGUAUACCCCAGGCACCCUCUCCAACUCACUCGCCCCUUCUGUCAACCGCACCUUCACCUUCGGCAUCACCAAAGCCAACUAGCACGCUUGCUGUUAGCAAGCCACCGCCUCCGCCACCGCCCAAGGGAAAGUCUGCGUCACACCUUCAAUUUCGAGGAAAAAACGAUCGUAUCCCAACCUCCCCACCGGCGACUGCUCCACCAGCCACAAACACGUCUUCUUUGCUCCGAUCCAACAUGGUAGUGAUUCCAGUGGAGCAAGGCGGCAGCUGCAAUGCACACAGCCCGAUGACUAUCCCGGUUCCACCAUUAAGGGCCGUUUCAAAGAACACACUGCAGAAUACCUCAACGGGAUCAACUUCCUCUUGCGUUCCCAGCUCAGUCUCGAUGCCCCCACCUUUAGCCGGAUUGAGUAUUCCUCCAGUGGCCACUCCCACAUCACAAGAAGAAUCAAUUACUAACAGUGGACAACCUGUGGGUCUACUGGCUAGCGCUUUGAACGGAACGGCAAACGACGUCUUGUCCAGUGAUUCCAUUCCUAAUGAUCCCAUAACUCCGGGCUUGGCCACGGCAUUGAGUGAAAUGCUCCUGCACACCGGUGUGCCAAAGUUGAUAGCUCGUCCACGCGGGGCUCUCCGAUCGGAUGGUUCACAAAUCUAUCCCUCGCAAGCCGGACCGGUCUCGCAAAAAUUGAAGGAGAACGCACACAAGAUAACCGACUACUUCAUCUCCGUCAUCGAGGACACGCUUAGCGACAUGGCUACAGGGGACCAAAGUGUCCUGCAAGCCCGGAUUGCCGGCCUGUCGCUGGAGAACGAGCGUCUGAAGCAGCACUAUGACCGUCAAAUAAACGACUUACAUCGCACGAGCGAGCUAAUGAUUUCCGAAAUGCGAAAGACUUUGGAGCAAGAGCACAAACGCGUGAUCUCCGAACUGCGACAGCAGAACGCCAUCGAGCUGAUGCGGGCGGUCGAGGAGGCAAAGCGGAAGCAGUGGUGUGCGAAUUGCAUGCGUGAGGCGCAGUUGUACUGCUGUUGGAACACAUCCUACUGUGACUAUCCCUGCCAGCAGCUUCACUGGCCUGGACAUUCUGCCACUUGUGGUCAGUCUGUGCCACCUACAAUUCCAGUUCCACCUUCAGUUCCGACUCCGAUUAUAGAACCUGGACGUGCCAAAGCUAAAGUGGCCACGCCAACGGCAACUCCGUCAAUUACAAACCCAAGCCCCAGUUCGCAGAUAAUGCGAACAGUAGCCGCCUGUCCAUCUGCACCACCUAGUGCCAACGCUUCCAGUUCCAAAAAGUGGCCGCCUAUGAUGACGUUAAUGAAUCAAUCCAAUCAGGAGGCCAUGCUCAAGCUGCCCGCCACUACAUACCUUCGGCCAGUGGUCAGCACGACGAUGACAGCUCCCGUGACUGCUCCGCAACCAGCAAACAACAACAGCACGAACGUAAUAAUGGCACCCACACCACCGCCAGGAAAUAAUCUGGCCACUAUAAUCUCCGCACAGCGGAAUCCCCCCAACUACAACGCCAAGCACCCCAAUCCAGCGAUGCCCGUGCAACGCUUUAAUAUUCCUUUGCCCAUCACCGUAAAUUCGAAUGCACCCUUUAUGAUGGCAGAGCAGCAUCAGAAGCAAGUACCAAAAGCUACUGGUCGCUCAGGUAAAAACAAUAGCCGAAUGCGCCAAACUUACAGCAACAAUAUCAACAACAGCAACCCGCAGGGUAUGCGCUGCAACAACAACCCGCAGGCUAUCCGCCAGAAUCAAAUGAAUCAACAGGUAUUCCAGCCAUAAAUCAUACAUACGACAAGUAAAAUUCGCGAUAAUUUUUCACCUGGAAAGAAGACUACCUGUAAUUCAGAUAAUAAUUUCUUUGAUAUUCCGGAGAAACUCAUUAAGAGAUCGAUUUACUUGGCCGAUCCCACAAACGGUCAUCGCAUAUAUAUAAAUCGAUAUAUAUAUAUAUAUAUAUAUUUAUCAUUUCCCCGAGCGCAGCUAAUGACUAUGGUUUUCUUAUAGAUUAAGUUUAAAUACGAAAGUGUAAAAUAAUAUUACCGUUCAAUAAUUACUUUUAAGAUUUCGAUAAACCUUGAUCUAGUAUUGCUGGUUUUACUGUAACUUAACCGCGUAGUAAGUAAGACUCAUUGUGAAGCCAUCAGAUGGACUUGGCCUAAUCAUAGCAACUAGUAGUCUGUAAGGGCAUCUCAAUUUCAUUUUAAUUUUGAUAACGCUGUAAAUCGCAUUCUCAUCUUUUUUUUACAUACAUUGUAUGUAUAUUUAAAGCUAAGCUGCAAAAUAAAUAAAGGACAAUU